AUGAUGAUGACGUGCCGUCUGCUGUGCGCCCUGUUGGUGCUCGCCCUGUGCUGCUGCCCAUCGGUGGGCGUGGCAGAUACUGAUACUGAAUCCGCUGACGUUCCUGAGGAUGAAGAUGGUGGAAGACGCGCCGAUCAAUUGGCCACUGUAGCAGUGUCACCACAUGAGGAAACCGUUCCGUCAGGGUUGCCAGUUAAGGAGCCUGGAGAGGAACAGGGAACAACUACCAGAGAGGGAAAACGUUCGACCUAUAAGUUGCCAAAAUCAGAUGAGGCGGACGAUACGGUACAGAAAAAGGGUAAGAACGGUACGACAGGGACAGAAACUGACAAGAAUACAUCCACAGACAAAACAAAUGUGCCAACUACAACGACCAGUACGACUACAACACUGGCAUCAAACAUCACUACAACCACCACCACGACCACCACUGCGCCAGAGGCACCAAGUACCACGACGACGACUACCACCAGUACUACAACUACAACACAGUCACCAACGACGACGACCACCCGCGCACCGUCACGUCUUCGCGAAAUCGACGGCAGCCUCAGCAGCUCUGCGUGGGUGUGUGCCCCGCUGCUGCUCGCCGUAUCCGCGCUGGCGUACACCACUCUGGGCUGA